ACAACAUCUGGGGAACAGUCUGUGAUGAUGGUUGGGACUUAAACGAUGCUGAGGUGGUUUGCAGACAGUUGGGCUGUGGUACGGCACAGACUGCCACUCAAUCAGCACGCUUUGGUGAAGGAACCGGACAAAUCUGGCUUGAUGAUGUGGCAUGUUCAGGAAGUGAGUGGUCUGUAACUCAGUGUCAGCACAGUGGAUUUGGGAUACACAACUGUGGACAUGGAGAGGAUGCUGGUGUGGUCUGUUCAGCACUCCUCCCUAAGCCCAGCAUCUCCAUGAAUCCUGCUGCUGAGGUUACCUGGGGUCAGAACGUCGGCAUCACUUGUUCUGUCUUAACUCAAACUCAACAGAUUUUAAGUCCAAAAUUUAUUUUGAAAAAGGCUUCAAGUUCAGUUGGAGAAACCCAAACGUCAAGUACCAACUCUGCUACCUUCAACAUGCGUGGAGUCAACUUUGACAACGAAGGAUCAUACCAGUGUCAGUAUAAGAUAACAGUUGCAGGGCAAGACUUCACCUCCUCAAGUGACUCUGUCAGCCUUUCUGUUACUGUGCCGCUGCAGCAGCCCAGCAUCUCCCUAACAUCUCCUAACAGAGGACUGGUCUGGGGCCCUGAAGGUGCACAGAUCACCAGGGGUUUCAGCUUUGUCUUCACCUGCUCCACUUCCUCCCAUUAUCCUGGAGGUGUUUUCCAUCUCAUCUUCUCUGGUUCAAACCUCACCAACACAGAGCCAGCAGUCAACCAGUCAGCCUCCUUUUCCUUCCUGGUGGCUGAGUAUGAACAACAGGGAAACUACAGCUGUGUGUAUGAAGUCACACUGUCCUUGAGAAGAUUCACUUCUACACAGACAGCACCAAUUAGUAUAGUCAUUAAAAGUAAGUAG